UGGGGUCUGGGGUUGGGAGGGCGUCGUCUGGGCCCGCGGCGGCCGGAAGGGGGAGAUGGCGGCGCGAUGGAGCAGCGAGAACGUGGUGGUGGAGUUCCGUGACUCCCAGGCAACUGCAAUGUCUGUGGACUGUCUGGGACAGCAUGCAGUGCUUUCUGGCCGCAGAUUCCUGUACAUCGUCAAUCUAGAUGCCCCUUUUGAAGGUCACCGUAAAAUCUCUCGCCAGAGCAAAUGGGACAUUGGAGCCGUGCAGUGGAAUCCUCAUGACAGCUUUGCGCACUAUUUUGCAGCUUCGAGUAACCAACGCGUUGACCUUUAUAAGUGGAAAGACGGGAGUGGGGAAGUUGGCACAACCCUGCAAGGCCAUACCCGUGUGAUCAGUGACUUAGACUGGGCAGUGUUCGAGCCAGAUUUCCUGGUUACCAGCUCUGUGGACACCUACAUCUACAUUUGGGAUAUCAAAGACACAAGGAAACCUACUGUGGCACUAUCUGCUGUAGCGGGUGCCUCCCAGGUCAAAUGGAAUAAAAAAAAUGCUAACUGCCUUGCCACCAGCCAUGAUGGUGAUGUACGGAUAUGGGAUAAGCGGAAACCCAGUACAGCAGUGGAAUAUCUAGCAGCCCAUCUCUCCAAAAUCCAUGGCCUGGACUGGCACCCAGACAGUGAGCACAUUCUUGCUACCUCCAGUCAAGACAACUCUGUCAAG